GAGGGGGAGCGCUAUUGUUUUCCAUGGUGUGCUCUUUUACUGGAACAUAUUUUCUCUCUCAAUGUAAUCACGGUAUCCUCCCCUAAUUACGGCAGUAGACUUGUCCUAUACUACACCGACAUUCGGCCCUAAUUCCUCCUCCCCUCUCCUUUCCCUCAGCUGAUUGGGUCCUGUGAAGUGACCUAUGCGGACGUGCUGCAGUGCAGGAGUAUUGUCAUCAUGACCCACCAACUACUGCCCCGUGCCUUGGUUUCUCCUCGUUGGCUUUGGGAGUCUAUACGACCAGGCUCAUCUCUAAAGGGAACACUUCGAAUUCUUGAUGCUUCAUGGCAUCUUCCUAAAUCUGGACGUGACGGAUGGCGUGAAUACAAGGAACGCCAUAUUCCCGGCGCUUACUUCUUUGACAUUGAUACUUGCAGUGAUCGUACCUCUCCUUAUGAUCAUAUGCUCCCCACUGCCGACCAGUUUGCUGAAUAUGCCGGCCGGCUUGGAGUAGCCAACAACAGUCAUGUAGUUGUGUAUGAUGCAAGCGAUUUUGGCUCUUUCAGUGCUCCUCGGCUGUGGUGGAUGUUUAGAGUUUUUGGACAUCCCCACGUCUCAGUUUUGGAUGGUGGUCUUAAGGCCUGGCUAAGAGAAGGACAUCCAGUAAACUCUGGGAAGGAGACCCGCCCACAGCCAACAGAGUUCCAAGCAAAGCUGGACACAUCCCAAGUGGUGGGACAUGAGGAAAUGGAAGAGAAUGUGGAAAAGAAAAAAUUUCAGAUGGUGGAUGCCAGAGUGGAGGGAAGAUUCAGAGGACUUGAACCUGAACCGAGAGAAGGAAUAGAACCUGGACAUAUCCCUGGAUCCAUAAAUCUUCCUUUCCCAAGCCUCCUCACAAAAGAUGGGAAUGAGAAAUCUCCCGAAGAGCUCCGAAGCCUCUUCCAAGAAAAGGGCAUUGAUCUCUCUCGUCGCCUAGUUGCCUCGUGUGGCUCUGGAGUUACCGCCUGCCACAUUGCCCUGGCUGCGUUUCUUUGUGGUAAAGAAGAUGUCUCCAUAUAUGACGGAUCGUGGGUUGAGUGGUACAUGAGAGCAAAGCCAGAAGAUGUGGUUUCAGAGGGUAGAGGAAAAACUGUUUAAGUGACCAGGACCACCUCCGAUCUGCUUCACACUUGGGUCUUGGUAUUUUUCUAAGUCAGUGCCUUAAUUCUUACCAGACAUGUAAAUGGUGAUUGACACCUGAAAUUACUGUCUAAAGUUCACACAAUUCUUAUGACAUCUUAUAGUGACUACAGACAGAAGUCCUCUGUACAGUUACUAUGUGUGGACGGAAGAAUGAAUUGUCCUCUUUAAUAAUCCAGGAUGUGCUGAUUCUGAACUGUGUAUGACACGAUCAUCUGUAAUUUGUCUAAAUUCCCUUUUGGUACUGUUUUAUAUGUGAGUGCAAUGUGAUGAUUUUCAAUAGGAGAGCGCACAUAGGUGCAUAGGGUGAUGGGGCUUGCUUAGAUUUGGUGGAACAACCAACAUUCUGUAUUACUGCUAGCAAUUUUAUACAGUAAACAGCAGGUAUCAUAGUGGCUGUGACUGUUUAACAGUGUUGGUAGGAAUUAACAUUGUUAUAUCAAGUAUAUGCACUAAAUAUGUGAAGGUUCAAGCCGUUCCUACAUUUUGUACAUGUUUUGCAAAAAUAAUUUUUUCCAUUUCAUUUUUCUGUUGCUCAUGCUGUAUGGUUCCUGGUCAGUUUUUGCCUGUUAACUUGUAAAAAGUAAUAAAUUGGCCACAUUUGGUCAACUUUUUAAAUACUGUUUAAACACAUGUCUACCCAGUAGAGGAUCAUAUAAGAUUAUAGAUGUGGCUACUACCAGUAUUCAGCAGCCCUUUUUGUACAGUGACCCCUCGACUUAUGAUGGCCUCGACAUAUGAUCAUUUCAACAUAUGAUGGCCUCUCAGAGCCCAUCGUAUGUUGAAGGCAGCAUCGACAUAUGAUGCUGCUGUGUGUCGGGGCCAUCGUACAAACAGCUACCUGAGAGCGCUGACAACUUCAGCAACUGACAGAUAGUUGUUUAAUGUGCCCCGUUCUGCCUCCUGUUACUCACAUGCUGUCCUGCUAACUCAUACAGGCUUCCACUGUGAGCUCCGUGUAAGCCCCGCCCCCCCCAGUGCAGCUAUAGCCAAUAGCCUGCAGCAUCUUGCUGCAGGUAUCCAAUGAGCUGCUGGCUGCCCUUCCUUUCCUAUAGAGCUGUAGUCGGCAGGAUGGUAAUGGAGGACAUUCUGUCCCCCCUGAAGGUAUUUAAAGAACUGUACAGUACUGUAUGCGAUGUCACACAUCACAUACAAUACAUAUACACACUAUACACCCCAUACAUCAAUAUUUCCCUAUCAGUGUGCCUCCAGCUGUUGCAAAACUAUAACUCCCAGCAUGCCCAGACAGUCAAUGGCUGUACAUGCAUGCUGGGAGUUGUAGUUGUGCAACAGCUGGAGGCACCCUGGUUUGUUAAACACUCCCCAUACACUCCACAUACAAUUGUCAUCCCAGAACCAAUUAGCAGUUUCCCAUAGAGAUAUGUAUUCAACAUACAAUGGUUCCAAGGCCCCAGAACCAAUUACCAUUUUUACAUAGACAUAUGUACUCGACAUAUGAUGGUUCUCCUGGAACCAAUUGAUAUCAUAUGUUGAGGGACCACUGUAAUUGAUUUAAAUAAAAGCUUUUACAUGCCACUUCAACAGUUAAAGGGGUAGUCCGGGGAACACUACCUAUCCACAGGGUAGGGGGAACGUGUCUGAUCGUGUGAACCCCAAGAGAUCUUGCGCUGAAGUCUCCAUUUAGUAGCUUGUUCCCUAGCGGUCAGACCCCCUUAGCCCAAACUCCCACUAGGUGUUUCCCUUCUCUGCAAUAUGCUAUCCAUUGCUUGUUGUUAUGUCUGCCUCCUCCAAGAUUCAGAGCUCAGAUUGAAACAUAAAUCAAAGCUUCCCCAUUAUCCUAGCAGCAGCAGUUCAGUGAUUAGUGUACCUAUCCCUUCCUGUGCUGUUUCUUUUGUUUAUGCUCAUAUAGCAGCUUACAAAGCCAGCACAUCAGUAACCCCCUUCUUCCUCCAUGUGCCUAUAGUAGUGUACUGUAAAUCAUCCCACAGAACAGUACAUGUUUACUCCAGUGUGUUUUCACUAGCAUUAUGUCCUGGCAUAGCAGAGAGGAGCAUAUGAUUGGCCAGGCAACUAAGAGUGGAGGAACCUGUGUGUGUACUGUUUCCAAACAGCCCAGCUCAGAUCCAACCCCCUGACAUGGUUAAUAUGUGAAAUAGCUGUGCAUCAUGGUGGGGGCUUUUAGGGGGCUCAAACAGUAGUGACAAUAUUAAAGAGUACCUCUCAUCAAAAAAACUUUUGAUAUAUUAUAGAUUAAUGUAUGCAGAAUAACUUUACAAUUGCAUGUUAUUAAAAAAUAUGCUUCUUUGUAUUUAAUUUUCCACUUUGAAGAAAUGACCACUAGGGGUCUCCCUACCAGUCCUGGCAGCAAGCAUUUCAGACUCAUGCUGGAGUCCUAAACCCUACGAGCUGCCAGUCUGCUUUGUUCACAAAGGAGAACACUCCGAGCUGCCAGCCUGCUUUGUUCACAGCCUGUUUGGCUGUGAACAAAGCAGGCUGGCAGCUCUGAGUGUUUAGGACUCCAGCAUGAGUCAGAAAUGCUUGCUGACAGGACUGAUCGGGAAAAGUACAAUAGAAAGAAGCAUAUUUUUCAUUAACAAGCAAUUGGAAAGUUAUUCAACAUUCAUUAAUCUAAAAUAUAUCAAAAGUUUAUUUGAUGAGCGGUACCCUUUAAAAUUGGCUUAUCGCUAUUCCGAAAGGGCAGGGGGCUCUUACACAGUGCAGUUUUGUGGUAUUGAAGCCGGCAUCAGGUGUCGGUCAUAAUGAAUUAGUUAAUUAAAGAAACUAGAUUCCAAAAUGAACCAAUGUGUGUGGCUUCAUUGUUCAACCAUCAGAUGGUGUUUUCACCCCCCCCCCCCCAAAUCCCUCCCCCCUCACAUUUCUUUCUAUGCACUGCCUACAAUUUUGACAUUCAUUUGGCAAAAUUGCAGCAAUAAUUGAGCUUAUUGUAGUUUUAUAGGCGCCCAUUCAUGAUCUGCAGCCAUGCCAUACUCUGUGUGUUUGUGGAAUGUUUUAAAGCGUUCUGCAGCGGUGAGAUUUACUGUGACAAGGAUGCUUACCCUCUAUGUAUUCCCUUUUACUGUUGGCUUCUUGCCUUAUUUUAGCUCUGAUUGAUUACUGCAGAGCCUUUGUGCUUAAUUGUCUAUUAGAAUCUGAAAUCCUCUUCCUGUUGUCUGACAUAAGGCUCUGCUUCGUUCUUCCCCAUAAGUAGCAUUAGAUAUAUUUAUUUUUUAUAGACUGUCUGAUGUUUAUAAGCACAAUUCCUCUAUAAACAUAAAUCACUUUAUUGGCCAUGGUGAUAAAAAUGUAAAACCAAAAUCAACUUUUUUAAAGGGAAUCUAAUAACUUGUACAGCCUCACUUAAGCCCAUACCCAGGGUGUAAUUGUGGGGGUGAACAUGAGUAAAUCAGUGCGUUUCCCUCAAACUGAUCAUUUCCCCUGUUGCUAAUAUGCAAAUAUGUUCUUGGAGGCAGGCGCUGGCAUAUUGAGCAUCCCUGCAUCUGUCCCCUCUACCCGCCUCCAUUGUGUGAAAUAGCUCAUGAGUAACAGGGACACUAUCUUAAUAAUGGAACCACCAAUCUGGUUUAGUAAAACAUUAUUUUACUCAUGUUCACCCACACUAUAACCCUGUGAAUGGACUUAAGUGAGGCUGAACACGUUGUCAAAUUCCUUUAAAAAAAAUAAUAAUUUGGUUUUACAUUUUUAUCACCAUGGCCAAAGUGAUAUACUAUACUAUAUAUAUAUAUAUAUAUAUAUAUAUAUAAACAAGCUGUCAGAUUCUCUGUCAGAAACGUGUCCAAAGGAGUGCGGAAUUCCUCUUUGGCAAUUCCGCUGAACAGAGUCCUGUUGAAUCAAAUGGAUUUUGCUGCGCUGUGCACAUGGCAGAAUUUCCUUGCCAGAUGUUUCUGGCACAGAAAUUCAGAAUUAACGUGUACAUUUUUUUUUUUUGCAGACUCUGCACGGAAUGCAUAGCCGUCUAUGGGACUGCGCAUUCCUGUGCGGUCCUAACACUGGCAUGUAAUACUGGCACCCACGGUUUCCGGAAUGUUAACACAGAAAUUUUUGUGCGGACAUUCCGAAGAGUGAACAUAGCCUUACACAUAAGGGUGUGCCUAGGCGUCCUAAAGGGAACAAGCUUAAAAGCAGCAUAAAACUGAUGACAGGUUCUCUUUAAACUACUAUCACAGAAAGUAAAUCAGUACUACAUAAGUACAUAAGCUACAACUAUGGUAUGAUAAAUUCAAACAUAAUGUGGUAUAAAUGGAAUUUUUGCUAUAAACAAACCUUCUGAACAGCUUGUUCUAGGAGAAGCCCUACUAAUGUUAAAGGUGUGUUGCUGCUGAGACCCCAGCAAUAAACUAAUCUGUAGGGGAUGUCGCGCAGGAAGCGUUCUGUACCCUUGCAGCACCUCCCACAGGAGAAAAGAAGUAUUACAUCACCAUCCGCUUGCUGUCUGCGUAAUGCAUUGACGGACUGGGACCUUCAGAUAAACAGAGGCACUCUUUGCAGCUGCUCUUUACUCUAGGUAAUAGCUCAGGACUGUUUCCCAACCAGGGUGCCUUCAGCUGUUGCAGAACUACAGCUCCCAGCAUGCUUGGACAAACAAAGCUAUCUGGACAUGCUGGGAGUUGUAUUUUUGCAACUGCUGGGGGCACCCUGGUUGGAAAACAAUGGCUAAGGAUAUCUAAAAAAAAAAAAUUCUAAUUCAGAUGACCACUUUUUAAUACACAUGUGAAUAAAACAUUCUGAAUACACAUCUGUUUAGGUCAAUACUAAUACAUAGGAAUACACAGACUUGGUACCCUCCAACCGAGCAUUCCAGCCUCCACCGAUUCUGCUUCUAAAAUUGUUAACUUAUUGCCAUGCCUGGAAAACAGCCACGUCCUGCCAAAGGUAAGGGACAUGAUAACAACAUUUUGUAGUAGUUUUUUUUUUUCUCUAUGCAUUUUUGGAGCUAUUUGACUUUAUAAAACAAACAAUAACCUUCAAUAUUGACUGCUUGUGCAAUCCUGGGAGAUAUAAAACCCGCUAUUUUCCACUGUAAGCAGAAAUUAGAUUUUGCAUGAAGAGAUUAAAAUUACCUUGACAAGCCAUAAUGUACCUGUGCUUUUAUUUUAAGAUUUCAGUAUCCUCCAUUGCUGAAGGUUAUUACUGGAUGUGACCUUUUUUUAAGCUAUGAUCACACCUCGGAAUGUCCGCACGGAAAAUUCGGAAAAUUCUCCAUGCAGACUGCGGGGGGGCUCUGAAAUGCAUUGUCUCACAGACGGCCAUGCAUUCCAUGCGGGGUCAGCAAAGUGAAUGGACAGGCUUAUUCUUUCUGCGGACAUGGAAAUCAGAAUUUCCGUGCCGGAAACAUCUGAUGCGGAAAUUCCGCUGUGUGCACAGCGCAGCAGAAUCCCAUUAAAUACAGUGGGACUCUGCUGCGGAAUUUGGCAUGGAAAUUCUAUACGUGUUAACAUGGCCUUAGGAUGUUACAUCCCCUUUUCAGCUAUCUUGAAUUUGAGAAAUAUAUGGACAUACAGACCUCUAGAUACUCAUAUGCUAAUAA